UUUUUAUCUCAGGUAAAGGCUGAGGAAGGUUGUGUAUGUUGGUGUUAAGCAAUUUCUUUGACAAUUGUAUCGUCUCCACCGCAGGUGACGUACCAAAUAGCAAUACUGAGAGAAAAAAUGGUGUAGUAUCGAAAUGGCAAACACAGGCGUGUUACCGUUUGUUCGAGGUGUUGAUUUUACGAGCAAUGACUUCAGUGAUGGGAAGUUUCCUGAUGCAGUACGGUUGAUGACAGGUGUUCAAUGGCUGAAACUCGAUAAGACAAACUUAAUGGAGAUACCAGAAGAACUGGGAAAGCUGUUGAAAUUGGAACACCUUUCACUGGUACGAAAUGAUCUUGAACGUUUGUAUGGGGAGCUAACAGAACUCGGUUGCUUAAGGACACUUAACAUUCGCCAUAACCGAGUGAAGAGUUCAGGAAUUCCAGCAGAGCUGUUUCGUCUAGAGGAACUCACAACUCUUGACUUGAGCCACAACAACCUUAAAGAAGUUCCAGAAGGUUUGGAACGAGCAAGAGCUCUGCUGGUUUUGAAUCUGAGUCAUAAUCACAUUGAUUCAAUUCCAAAUACCCUCUUCAUGCACUUGACGGAUUUGCUCUUCCUUGACCUGAGUUCAAAUAAUUUGGAAACUUUGCCACCUCAGACCAGAAGACUGGCCAACUUGCAGACACUGGUUCUGAACCACAAUCCAUUGGGACACUUUCAGCUCAGACAAUUACCAUCAUUGAUGAGUUUGGAAACACUUCAUAUGCGCAAUACACAGCGCACUCUGAACAACAUUCCAGGAAGCAUGGACAGCCUUACAAACCUGACGGAACUGGACAUGGCACAAAACGCAUUACCGAAAGUACCUGAAGCUCUGUAUUCUUUACGAAAUUUACGCAGACUGAACUUGAGUCAUAAUCAAAUAACAGAAUUGUCCCAGGCAAUAGAAUUUUGGCAGCAUCUAAAAACACUUAACCUUUGCCGGAAUAAACUGACAGCAUUGCCAGCAUCCUUAUGCAAGAUCACGACACUUUGUCGGCUGUAUGUCAAUGACAAUCGACUGGAUUUUGAGGGUAUUCCAUCAGGCAUUGGCAAGUUAAAUAACCUAGAAGUCUUCUCUGCUGCAAACAACCAGUUAGAAAUGAUUCCUGAGGGAUUAUGCAGGUGUGGAUCAUUGAAAAAGUUGAUCUUGACGGCAAAUCGUUUGAUAACUCUACCUGAUGCAAUACAUCUUCUUACUGAUCUGGAUGUGCUAGACCUUCGAGAUAAUCCCGAACUCGUGAUGCCGCCAAAGCCAACCGAGGUUCAACGAGGGUCAGGAAUUGAGUUUUAUAAUAUUGACUUUUCUCUUCAGCAUCAACUUCGACUGGCGGGUGCCAGUGUACCAGCACCAGCAUCCUCUAACAAUUUGAGCAGAGAUCCAAUAGCUCGUAAGAUGCGCUUGCGCCGAGGCCGACGCGACCAGGAAGAGGCUGACCAAGAUCAAGCAAAAAUUUUGAAAGGAAUGAAAGACAUUGCAAAGGAUAAAAAUAAACAAAAGACAGCAGAAGAAGUGAAAGCUGAAUCUUUAAAACCAAAGAGGUGGGAUGAAACACUUGAGAAACCUCCUCUCGACUAUUCAGAGUUCUUCGAUGGGGACGCAGGUCAGAUCCCGGGACUUACCAUCUGGGAGAUUGAAAAUUUUCUCCCUAACCAAAUUGAGGAGGCAGCACAUGGAAAGUUCUAUGAGGGUGACUGCUACAUAGUGCUUCGAACCUCUAUUGAUGAUACAGGAUCGCUUUCAUGGCACAUCUACUUUUGGAUUGGUGACAAGGCAACGUUGGACAAAAGAGCAUGUGCUGCUAUCCAUGCUGUUAACCUGCGGAACUACCUUGGCGCACAGUGCCGAACAAUUCGGGAAGAACAGGGUGAUGAGUCAGAUGAGUUCCUUGGUCUCUUUGACACAGAUAUUGCCUAUAUAGAAGGUGGUCGCACUUCUAGUGGCUUCUUCACAGUUGAAGAUGUGACGUAUGUGAACCGCCUGUUCAGAGUACAUGCUUCUGGUUCCUGUUCAAUUCAUCUUGAGCCUGUCCAAGUUGCAUUGGAGUCUCUGGAUCCACGAUUUGUGUUUGUGCUGGACACUGGGCUUAAGAUCUUCAUGUGGUACGGCAAGAAAUCAAAGAACACCUUUAAAUCGAAAGCCAGGCUUAUGGCUGAAAAAAUCAAUAAGAAUGAACGCAAAAAUAAAGCCGAAAUUAUUACAGAAAUGCCUGGAGCUGAAAGCUCAGACUUCUGGAAGAUUCUGGGAGAUGAAGAUGGACUGCCUCCAGAUGAUGCCAUAAUGGAGCAUGUUGUUCUGGACUUUGUGCCAGCCACCCCACGAUUGUACCAAGUGAGGCUGGGCAUGGGGUAUCUGGAGUUGCCGCAAGUGGAGGUUCCUCAUGGCAAACUGGUCAAUACACUUCUCAGCAAUCGCAAUGUUUACAUCCUUGAUUGUUACCUUGAUGUAUUUGUAUGGUUUGGCAAGAAAUCGACACGUCUGGUAAGGGCCGCAGCAAUAAAAUUGUCCCAAGAACUGUUUACUAUGAUAGAUCGCCCUGAAUAUGCACUGGUUACGAGGGUGCAGGAAGGCACAGAAACACAGAUCUUCAAGUCCAAAUUCAGUGGAUGGGAUGAAGUAAUUGCCGUGGACUUCACACGCACUGCUGAGUCUGUCCAGAAGACUGGUGCAGAUCUCACCAAAUGGGCCCGUCAACAGGAAACAAAGGCUGAUCUUGCAGCUCUGUUCACUCCGAGACAACCCCCAAUGUCAGCUUCCGAAGCGCAGCAGCUGAGUGAAGAGUGGAAUGAAGACCUAGAGGCGAUGGAAGCUUUCGUACUUGAAGGAAAGAAGUUUGUGAGACUGCCAGAAGAGGAAUUAGGUCAUUUCUACAGCCGGGAUUGUUAUGUUUUUCUUUGUCGCUAUUGGGUCCCAGUUGAUGCGCCAGAUGAUACAAAUGUGGAAGCAGAAACAGAACAAGAGCAGCUAGAGGAUGACUUCCAGUGCAUUGUGUACUUUUGGCAAGGCAGAGAGGCCUCAAAUAUGGGUUGGCUGACCUUCACUUUCAGCCUUCAAAAGAAGUUCAAGUCACUGUUUGGAGAGAAACUGGAAGUUGUACGCACACAUCAGCAGCAAGAGAACCUCAAAUUCAUGGCGCAUUUCAAGCGGAAGUUUAUCAUUCACCAUGGAAGACGAAAAGAGGCAGCACCACACGACGGUCUACCUCCAGUUGAAUUUUACCAUCUUCGAUCCAAUGGGAGUGCUCUCUGCACCCGUCUUAUACAGAUAAAACCAGAUGCUGCAGCCCUCAAUUCAGCUUUCACAUAUAUUCUGAAGGUUCCAUUUGAUAAUGAAGAGUCAUCUGGAAUAGUGUAUGUUUGGAUCGGAUCAAAAGCAGACCCAGAUGAGGCCCGGCUAAUAGAAGAGAUAGCAGAGGAGAUGUUCAAUAAUCCAUGGAUAGGCUUCCAGACACUGAAUGAGGGCGAAGAGCCGGAUAAUUUCUUCUGGUUGGGUCUUGGCGGCCGAAAGGAAUAUGAUAAAGAAGCUGAUUUUAUGAACUACACGCGUCUUUUCCGAUGUUCAAAUGAAAAGGGAUACUUUACUGUUUCAGAGAAAUGCUCUGAUUUCUGUCAGGAUGAUUUAGCUGAUGACGAUAUCAUGAUUCUGGACAAUGGUGAACAGGUGUUUUUGUGGCUGGGUGCUAAGUGUAGCGAAGUAGAAAUCAAGCUGGCCUACAAAUCUGCCCAAGUGUACAUCCAGCAUUUACGGGUGAAACAACCAGAUAAAUCUCGCAAACUUUUUCUCACGCUGAAAAACAAAGAAUCGAGGAGAUUUACAAAAUGCUUCCAUGGUUGGGGACCCCACAAAAAGCCACCUGAAUAUGCACUCAAAGUACAUAAAAUUAUACCAGCUUUUUGGGAGUUUCUGUGCCAAAGUUUUGGUAAAUAUUCACCAAUUAUUUCUCAGAGGAGAUUACUGCAUCUGUCAUCAGAAUUUGUGGUACAUGUCUCUAUGCCCCCAAAACGUUUCCAUGACGUAGAGGUUAAUUACAUGUCACAUGUCUGCCCUGGAUCCACUGUGUACUCUUUUGCAGUAAGGCAUGUACAAUGGAGUAACUUCUGCAGUUAUCACAAUUUUUUUUUCAGGCUUAUGGCUGAAAAAAUCAAUAAGAAUGAACGCAAAAAUAAAGCCGAAAUUAUUACAGAAAUGCCUGGAGCUGAAAGCUCAGACUUCUGGAAGAUUCUGGGAGAUGAAGAUGGACUGCCUCCAGAUGAUGCCAUAAUGGAGCAUGUUGUUCUGGACUUUGUGCCAGCCACCCCACGAUUGUACCAAGUGAGGCUGGGCAUGGGGUAUCUGGAGUUGCCGCAAGUGGAGGUUCCUCAUGGCAAACUGGUCAAUACACUUCUCAGCAAUCGCAAUGUUUACAUCCUUGAUUGUUACCUUGAUGUAUUUGUAUGGUUUGGCAAGAAAUCGACACGUCUGGUAAGGGCCGCAGCAAUAAAAUUGUCCCAAGAACUGUUUACUAUGAUAGAUCGCCCUGAAUAUGCACUGGUUACGAGGGUGCAGGAAGGCACAGAAACACAGAUCUUCAAGUCCAAAUUCAGUGGAUGGGAUGAAGUAAUUGCCGUGGACUUCACACGCACUGCUGAGUCUGUCCAGAAGACUGGUGCAGAUCUCACCAAAUGGGCCCGUCAACAGGAAACAAAGGCUGAUCUUGCAGCUCUGUUCACUCCGAGACAACCCCCAAUGUCAGCUUCCGAAGCGCAGCAGCUGAGUGAAGAGUGGAAUGAAGACCUAGAGGCGAUGGAAGCUUUCGUACUUGAAGGAAAGAAGUUUGUGAGACUGCCAGAAGAGGAAUUAGGUCAUUUCUACAGCCGGGAUUGUUAUGUUUUUCUUUGUCGCUAUUGGGUCCCAGUUGAUGCGCCAGAUGAUACAAAUGUGGAAGCAGAAACAGAACAAGAGCAGCUAGAGGAUGACUUCCAGUGCAUUGUGUACUUUUGGCAAGGCAGAGAGGCCUCAAAUAUGGGUUGGCUGACCUUCACUUUCAGCCUUCAAAAGAAGUUCAAGUCACUGUUUGGAGAGAAACUGGAAGUUGUACGCACACAUCAGCAGCAAGAGAACCUCAAAUUCAUGGCGCAUUUCAAGCGGAAGUUUAUCAUUCACCAUGGAAGACGAAAAGAGGCAGCACCACACGACGGUCUACCUCCAGUUGAAUUUUACCAUCUUCGAUCCAAUGGGAGUGCUCUCUGCACCCGUCUUAUACAGAUAAAACCAGAUGCUGCAGCCCUCAAUUCAGCUUUCACAUAUAUUCUGAAGGUUCCAUUUGAUAAUGAAGAGUCAUCUGGAAUAGUGUAUGUUUGGAUCGGAUCAAAAGCAGACCCAGAUGAGGCCCGGCUAAUAGAAGAGAUAGCAGAGGAGAUGUUCAAUAAUCCAUGGAUAGGCUUCCAGACACUGAAUGAGGGCGAAGAGCCGGAUAAUUUCUUCUGGUUGGGUCUUGGCGGCCGAAAGGAAUAUGAUAAAGAAGCUGAUUUUAUGAACUACACGCGUCUUUUCCGAUGUUCAAAUGAAAAGGGAUACUUUACUGUUUCAGAGAAAUGCUCUGAUUUCUGUCAGGAUGAUUUAGCUGAUGACGAUAUCAUGAUUCUGGACAAUGGUGAACAGGUGUUUUUGUGGCUGGGUGCUAAGUGUAGCGAAGUAGAAAUCAAGCUGGCCUACAAAUCUGCCCAAGUGUACAUCCAGCAUUUACGGGUGAAACAACCAGAUAAAUCUCGCAAACUUUUUCUCACGCUGAAAAACAAAGAAUCGAGGAGAUUUACAAAAUGCUUCCAUGGUUGGGGACCCCACAAAAAGCCACCUGAAUAGUUAAGACAAACAGCAGAGCAUGGACUAUGGUGAUGGUUUACGUGAUUUGUCAGUAAAUGUGUAGAUUCUUUCAGUAUGAUCACACAUUGCCAAAUGGAAGUUCUUAUGCACAAACAUGUUGAGUUAUUUGCACCUUCAUAAGUUUGUGUUAUACUCUGCACAAGUAGUAUCUCAAGGAUACACAGUGAUGAAUGUCUCAGUAUUGUAGUGAUAAUUUUCACUAACAGAGGUUAAUGACGUUUGAAAUUCUUGUUAGUGCACUCAAAGUACAUAAAAUUAUACCAGCUUUUUGGGAGUUUCUGUGCCAAAGUGUAAGCAUAGCCAAAAUUUAUAUUUUUACAUUGCAGUUCUCUUAAGAAAUACAUUAAUAAUAAAUCUCCUCUGUAAAAAAUAUAUUUAUAAAUAUCUGUUUGGAUAAGUGAAAAUGUAUGUGGCCACAGACUUCUUAGAAUUGUAGCACUAAUAUAAAUUAUGGAGUUCCUCAUUAGUAACAAUUCCUGUUCUUAUCUGUGGAAAAAUAUCACGUUUCAUCUGUGGGUAGAAUUACCAGCCACUGCGAAUUCUAAAAUAAAAUAUUUGCAAUGGGAAUUUUAAAGUAUUUGUCACUGGAGUCAAUGUCACUGUUCUUCAUAGUAUUAAACACCUAAAAUUUAAGUUACAAGUUUCUUUAAAUUACAGAUUAUUAGUUUGUAAACAUUUUUAUGACACCUCUGUAAUGGUGUGAUAAAAAUAAACUUAUCGUUUUCAAAACCGUG